CAAGAUUUAAAUUUAGAAUUAGGUUAGUUAUCUCUCAAGGAUGUCUAUAUGUCGUUGAACUAUUCGUAUUUGUAUUGAAACAGUAGGUAGUACAAUUUCAGUAAGUUUAAUUGAAUUAUUGUUCGUCAGUGCGGUAAAGACUAAUUAUAAACACUAUGAUGCAUUUUAAAUUUGCCGCGUAGUGUCUUAUCGAUCAAUCCGAUGUUGACAACAGAAACCGGCUGAUUGUCAGUUUGUUUCGUUCCCGUUUAGUAGUCCACGUGAGCUAAGGAAAAUUCCAGACGCAGUUUGUUUAUUUUGGUCGUUGCGCUGCUACGUUUCGUGUUUACCUUAAUCUACCUUAUCAGAAAUUGCAUAAUAUAAAAAUAGCGAUGGAAAGCACUUUUGAAAAGUUAAAAGAGCUUGAUCUAUCUCGAGACGAAGUAAACCGUUUCGGUGAAGCAUUAAAGAAACCGGAAUUCAGGAAGUUGCUGAGCGAUUACGUCGAAGAAAUUUCCGAUCCCGAAAAUAAGAAACUCUACGAACAGGAAAUCACCGAAUUGGAGAAGGAACGAGGAAACGAUAUUACCUUUAUUCAUCCGAAACCAAAUUACGUUAUUAAAACUAGUGUAAACGGUAAUAAAAAAGCCUUUAUUAAUAUAUGUGUCAACGAUCUCGUCAAAAAACCGACCUCGUCACCUACUGUCAAGGAUGGGGAAAAAGGAUUAACCUGGCAGUUACCACAUUCUUUAUCACCGCCUAGGGAAGAUUUGGAUAAUAAGGGAGUACGUUGCCAGGUAUUUGAUGUUAUUUUUCAUUCUGAUACAAUGCAUUUAGCUAGUAAAAACGAAGCUUUUCGUGAUAUGGUUAAUAGAACAGCUCUGGAAGCUGUUGAAAACAAUUUUAAUGUAUCGCUGGAUAAAAAGAACUUGAAAUUUCCUAAGUUAUCUUAUAAAGGGGUAGCUCAUGCUAGUGUAAUUAGAAAACCCUGUAAAAAACCAGAUCAUUCACCUGAAGAACAAGAAUUUUUAGAUAAAUUAUUUGCUCAAUCAGAAAGUCCACAACCAAGUCCUAAAAAAAUUAAAAAACCUACCAAGAAGAUCAUUGAUGAUGAAAAAUCGAAAUAUACUACCCCACAAUACCUAAUCAAACAUAGAAGUUCUUUAGACAUGGAACAAUUUACUGAACAUAAGGGAGCCAAGUUAAAUGUAGCAAUUCCAAAAGAACUUAUUGUUGAAAUAAAUCUACCCCUCCUGAAAUCAUCAGUUGAUAUUAAUUUAGACGUUACAGAAAAAACAGUGCAGCUUAUUAGUGAAAAACCUGCAAGGUACAAACUAAAUCUAACUCUGCCAUAUCAAGUCAAUGAAGCUAUUGGCAAUGCAAAAUUUGAUAAAGAUAAGAAGAAAUUAGUUAUCACACUCCCAGUGAAGCGUACUUCAGCUACAAUAAUUGAUUUUAGCGAUAGUGGUGUUGAAAGUGAUCAGUGUUCUCCUGGAACUCCAGAGUCUGAGGAAGAAUUUGGUGAAAAACAAUUGGUGAAAGAAAUUGUAACUAGUGAAUGCAGUGAGUUGUAUUUAGAAAAAUCUGUUGAUUUUAGGACUAGCUUCCUUGAUGAAAAUUUGCAUUAUAGUUUACCUGAAUUUACCUGUCAUGUAUUUGAAAACACCAUUGCAUUUACUCUUAAUAUUAAAAAUGUUGAUGAUAAGUCUGUUGAAAAAAUGUUUUCUGAUAAAGAUUCAUCUGUCCAUAUAAAAUUUACUAGCAUAGGUUCUAGCUUUUAUCCCAUUCAUUAUGCUUUUUAUGUGAAACUGCCACAGCAUAAGAUUUUUGAAGAAAGUACAACUGUAGAAGUGUGGGAUAACAAUGUCAUACUUCAAAUACCGGUUACUUGUGAUAUGCCCAUAAUGUCUUACUUUUUUGGUUGUAAUGAAUCUAAUUUAGCAGAAAAAUAUGUAGAGGAGCCUGAAAUUAUCAAUCAAGUUCUGGAUGAUGUUAAAGAAGAUGAAGAAUAUGAAUUGCAGGAAAAUGAGCAGUUUAUUCAUGGAGAAUCAGAAAUAGAAAUUGAAGAAAGAAAUAAAGAGAGAAAAGACAGCUUUGAUGAAAUCAUAAAUCCCAAACAAACCAGAGCGAUUGACAUUACUGGUACAUCUUAUGAAUCUAGUGGAGACGAACUAAGUUGCAGCAGCUUCAGUCCGUCCAAAAAUAAAGGUAUACUGAAAAGAAUCUCGUCUGGUAGAUUUUCCGUGGGCCGCAGCAUAUCCGAGUCCAGUUUAGAUAAUUUUGUGUAUUCUUCUGUAGAGAAUUGCUACACCAGUUUGGAUUCAAUUAUACCUGAAGAUGGCGAAGUGUCGUCUAGUGAGAAGAAGACUGUGAGGUUCAAUGAUGUCGUCAUGAGCCAAUUAUUUAGAUCGAAUUCUAGCAUUUUAGGCCAGAAAAAGAAAAACCAACGGAAAGCAAGAAACAAAAAACGCGCUUCGGAACGUCGUCAUAGCGAAAGUGAAGCUUCGGGCGAUGAGAAAAGAGAGGGAGAUAUAAAGGACUGCGAUUUUAAGAUGGACGAACGAUUUGACAAAAAGGAUGAGAAUAUUUUCCAUCUGGAAGUUGACAAUUAAAGUUGUGGUUCGAUGUAAUUCAGAGACGUGUAGUCAGAAGUAUCCCAGUUAAUUAUAAAACCGGUUUUAAAAAUUAUAAAUCAUAUUUGUUGUAAUUGAAUGUUUUUAUUCAGGUUCUAGCGGGGUUUUUCCCGGAUCUUGUUUCAAGAUGUUUAAUUUUUUAAUCGUUAUAUUUUUUAAUUUUAUCCAUUGUUUUCUUUUUUAAAUAUUUUUUUUUUAAUCUACGCUGGCGUAAAAAGCAAAAAAGUAAAAGGGUGUUUAUUUCAUGACUUUUAAAAUUAUUUAUUUCAUCAUGUUUUCUGUUGUGGAUCCCAAAAUCUUAAUAAUGGCUAUACAAGGAGUACCAAUAAAAACUCCCAGGUCGGAUAUUUUGGUAAGAAUAUUUUUAUUCCGUAAAAGCCAGUUUACAGGGCAUUAAGAGAGCUUCAGUUUUAGAUAUAAAUUAAUUUUAAAUAGGCCAAUAAUUUUUUUUCGAUGAGAGGAUCUUUCUUAUGUAGCGCAUCAUUUUGUUCUAUGAACUAAUUCGAUAAAUCUAGUCAUUUUUGAUAUACCGAGUGGGCCACUCAAAACUGGUUCACCCUGUUAUUUGGCAUUGUUCAUUGGAAUUUAAGAACAUUCUAAAACAGGUCGAUUUUUAUUCCAAAUUGAACACAUUUUUACAAUGUGUAUACAGUGUGUCUACUUAAGUCGGCGCUAUAUAUAGGAAACUUGUUUAUUAUUAGAUUUAUGAA